AUGAGGAGAAGAGAUCUAUUAUUUAAGGAAGGUGAUUGGGUUUAUCUCAAAGUUUCUCCAAUAAAAGGCGUUAAGCGUUUUGGUAAAAAGGGGAAACUUAGCCCGAGAUAUGUUGGCCCUUUUCAAAUUCUAGAUAAGGUUGGACUUGUUGUUUACCGUAUUGCCUUACCAGAAUAUUUUGGAGAGAUUCAUGAUGUUUUCCACGUGUCGUCAUUGAAGAAGACCUUUGGAGAACAAGAGCCACGUUUCGUUGACCCCGGAAGCAUUCGACUCCGGCCGGAUCUCACAUAUGAAGUUGUUCCAACUCAGAUCUUGGACAGAAAGGAGCAACAAUUGAGAUCCUAG